GAUUUUUCUCUCCUGGGAAUGGUACGCUCCUCCCUGCAGGAAUAUCACCCUUCUGUCGGCUGCCCUUGGCUUCCUGUUUAGGCUGCUAUCGCGAAGCUGACCAUGGCGGCCACUGAAAUAGCUCGGCAAGCGGGUGAAGGUGUGCGAUCCGUCCCGCUCUCUGGCCAUGUGGGCUUCGAUAGCAUGCCAGACCAGCUGGUCAACAAGUCAGUCAGCCAGGGAUUCUGCUUCAACAUCCUCUGCGUUGGUGAGACGGGCCUGGGAAAGUCCACCUUGAUGGACACUCUGUUUAACACCAAGUUUGAGGGAGAGCCGACCACACACAACCAGCCGGGUGUGCAGCUGAAGUCCAACACCUACGAGCUGCAGGAGAGCAACGUGCGACUCAAGCUGACCAUGGUCAACACCGUGGGCUUUGGGGACCAGAUCAACAAGGAGGACAGUUACAAAUCCAUCGUGGAGUUCAUCGAUACUCAGUUUGAGGCGUACCUGCAGGAGGAGCUGAAGAUCCGUCGCACGCUGCAUAGCUACCACGAUUCGCGCAUCCAUGCCUGCCUGUACUUCAUCGCCCCCACUGGCCACUCGCUCAAGUCCCUGGACCUGGUCACCAUGAAGAAGCUGGACAGCAAGGUGAACAUCAUUCCCAUCAUCGCCAAGUCGGAUGCCAUCUCUAAAAGCGAACUCGCCAAAUUUAAGAUCAAGAUCACAAGUGAGCUGGUCAGCAACGGAGUUCAGAUCUAUCAGUUCCCCACUGACGACGAGACUGUGGCUGAAAUCAACUCCACCAUGAAUGGACACUUGCCGUUCGCCGUGGUCGGAAGCACCGAGGAAGUGAAGAUCGGGAACAAGAUGGUGAAAGCACGCCAGUACCCCUGGGGGACCGUGCAGGUGGAGAACGAGAGCCACUGUGACUUCGUGAAGCUGCGUGAGAUGCUGAUCCGCGUGAACAUGGAGGACCUGCGCGAGCAGACGCACACCCGCCACUACGAGCUGUACCGCCGCUGCAAGCUGGAGGAGAUGGGCUUCAAGGACACGGACCCCGACAGCAAGCCCUUCAGCCUGCAGGAGACGUACGAGGCCAAAAGGAACGAGUUCAUGGGUGAGCUGCAGAAGAAGGAGGAGGAGAUGAGGCAGAUGUUCGUGCAGAGGGUGAAGGAGAAGGAGGCCGAGCUCAAGGAGGCGGAAAAGGAGCUGCACGAGAAGUUUGACCGGCUGAAGAAGCUCCACCAGGAUGAGAAGAAGAAGCUGGAGGAUAAGAAGAAAUCCUUGGAGGAGGAGCUGAACGCCUUCAAGCAGAGGAAGACGGCCACUGAGCUGCUGCAGUCCCAGGCCCAACAGGCAGGGGGCUCCACCACGCUCAAGCGGGACAAGGAGAGGAAAAAUUGAGGCUCCCUGUAGAAAGUGCUUCCCCGGCCAGCUGUGAAUUUCUCAGCAAUUCCUCCCUAGCCGUGCUUCCCUGUGAUCUCUGGCCGGCCCCGCCCCACUCCCUGCCCGGCCCUGCCUUACCCCAUCUUGGCCCCGCCCCCUCCCAUAUUGGCCCCGCCCCUCACAAUUCUUGGCCCUGCCUGGCCCCGCCUGGUCCCGUUUCUGCCCUGCCCACACUGCCCUUCCCCCUCCCUUUUACAAAAAAACAUUCCAUACUGAUGGAAGAAGCCAGUCAUAAAUGUGAAAGGAACUGCUGAUAUAUGCAUUUUUAUAAGACUCUUAAGGUCCUUGAACAUUUUUAUGUGCUUAUUCUAUUGCAUUGUGUCUCAGUCCUGCAUGCUGCAGUGUGGUGCAAUUUUUUUACGUGCAGCUACUGCUGAUUCAGGUGUUUUUUUUUAUUUUUUUUUAUUUUGUUUUUUUUUUUUAUUGUUUGUGGGAGUGCUGUCAAAGUGAGACGAGAGCAGAAGACAGAACCCCUCUGGGCAGGCAGUCGUUAAGGACCUCGCUUUGCUUGGUGUGGGCAGCGUAAACACACUGGGGUGUCGCCUGCUUAGUCGGGGACAUGGAAGCCUGCCACGCCCAUUGUCACCCCAGAUAGUUUUACAAGGAGCCUUUCAUUGUCUAGGGAAUAUUAAGAAUUUUCUCACAAGUUUAUUUGUACAUUUUUACCUUUUUCUAACCCUGAGUUUAACACCUAAGCAUGUGCAGAUGUGCUUGUGUUUGCUCUGAAUCUGCCAGUGCUGUGUGUGAAUGUUACUCCUCAGGAUUUACCUGCAGUCAUACCUCAUAGUCUUCUGUUGGUCAUGCUAUCUAUAUAUAAAAAUUUUUUUAUAUAUAUAAAAAAUAAAUGUGUUGUGUUAUUGUCACCCCUCCCCCCCAAUUUAUGCUGAAGCACAAUUUUAGCAAACUACAAUGAAAGGAGCAACUCUGUAUCUGGACAAAAUCUAUUUCUUCAAAGCAAAUAAAAAGCAAUAAACUGAC